GGGUGUUCCUGAGGAUGUCAAAGGACGAGUGUCACUUCAUCAACGGCACCGAGCGGGUGAGGUACGUGCAGAGGGAAAUCUACAACCGGGAGCAGCUCCUGCACUUCGACAGCGAUGUGGGGGUCUAUGUGGGGGACACCCCGGAUGGGGAGGAGGUAGCCAGGUACUGGAACAGCGACCCGGAAUGGAUGGAGUACAAACGGUCUGUGGUGGACAGGUACUGCCAGUACAACUACGAGCUUAUUGCCCCGUUCACCGUGGAGAGGAGAGGUGAGCGUGGGGCAGAGCGGGUUCCCUCGGCCCCUGCCCCAGGAAUGACCCUGGAGCCCCUCAAACCUUCCCUGGGAAUCACCCCAGACCCCUCAGACCUCCCUAUGCCUGUUCCCGUGGCCUUUUGCCCACUCCCAGUCCAUCCCAGUCCAUCCCAGUCUCUCCCAGUCCUUCCAAUGCCCCCUAGUCUCUCCUAGUCCAUUCCAGUUUCUCAGACUCCAUCCCAGUCCAUCCCAGUC